CUUGUAUUCAGUUAUAGCAUAUUUUCCCUUGGGCAUGGUCGCCUAGCCAAUGCAAAUAAAUGCAAAAUAUAAGAAGGACCACAACAUAUCAAAAUCUAUGGGAUUAUUUUUUUUUAACUUCGAGUAUAAUUAAAUUUCGUUUAAGCUAUAGAAGUAUUGUGAACAUGGGGACAUUUAAAAAUAUUGCUAAUGUAGCGAUCUUAUCAAUUUGUCGUAAAUAAUUAAGCAAUGCAACAAUACAGUGUCAAAUUAAUUUGAAAUUACGACUCCAGGAUGUAUUAGUUCAGCCGGUUAUUUUACUAAUCGCCGUUGCUUAUCUGGCGACUGUGAAGUGAAAUCGUUACUUCGCAGAGGCAAUUUUAUAGAAAAAUGAAGUCUGAUACUCCAGAAAUUGAAAAAGUUACUCAAGAAUACGAAGUUUUCCUUAUUUUGUCGAAGCAAGGCAGGAUCAUGCUUUUCGCUCCGUUAAAUAUCGAUAAAUUAAUGUAUCUUAAAAUCUUAAGUCCGUUUCUAGCCGUAAUUACUUUUGUGAUAACCGCCGAAUCUUUUCGUGCGAGAUUGCCGAUUUUGAAGACGUUCCCGACAUCCGUCGCAGUUAUGGACAUUUGGUACUCAAUACUGAGCUGGGUGUUUGUUUCCUCCUGCUUAUGGAACUCGGCAUUUAAAGUAAAGAGUUGGAAACAGCUAUUUGACUACUUAAAAACGGUUGAAAAAUUGACCAACAAAUACAUGGAGCACAAGAAAAACAAAAGCAAAGCACCUUUGUGGUUAAAAUAUUUACUAAUAAACUUGAUGUUCGUGAUCAUUCACGGUGCCCACAAUUAUCUCUGGAUCGCGUAUAAAAAAUAUGCCUUAAUAUCGUCGUACUUAUUUUUUCGGGUGGCUCAAUACUAUAUGACGACGGUUUCUGUAUUCUUCUGCCACAUUUUGCUCUUCGUGAGUGUAAAAUACGAUCAGCUAAACCGAUACUUGCGGUACCAUUUUUCCAGAAGAAUAAUUGUGGUUCGUCACAGUUUAAGCGAAUUGAAAUACGUGAUGGAGAUUUGCGAAAUACUUUCGAAAAUUGUCAAGAACGUGAACAUAGUUUUCGGGCUGCAGCUUUUCAUUUUGUACGCGUCAGCUAUAUGUUUUCUUAUACACUCCAUCAGUUUCGCCAUCGUAACAAAAUUGAAUGCGUUCUAUGUGUUGGGUAGCAGCGUAACUUACGUGAUAUUUUUUAUAGUAAGUAUAAAAUAAAUACCUUCGAUCAAAACACUUGUCACGACACAAUUGCACCAAUGCACGUCGGCUAAUGGAGGAUGUGAUAUGGACCACACUCAAGACUGUUCUCGAGCUCCGUACUUGUCGUUUGUUCUUUUAACUCCAUAAUUUUAGCACGUGUUAUUUUAGUUGGUUAUAAACCGGCGGCGUAUUUUAUGACCGAAAUCUCUCAUUCCCGCAUUGAAAAUAAUUACUUUUUUUAGAUCAACAUUUACGGAUUAACAUAUUAUUGUG